GUGGCAAAGCUGUUUGGUAUCGUACACGAGCGUCUGCGUGCCGUGUGCUUAGCCUGAUUCAACUUUCUGCGUGUUUCGCUGUUUUUAAUCGUUUUUAAAGUUGGUUUUUGCUUUGAACGUGUGAUAUUUUACGGGAGAUGGGAGUCCCCGCUUUUUUCCGCUGGUUGAGUCGGAAAUAUCCGUCAAUAAUAGUUCACUGUCUCGAGGAGAAGGCUAAAGAGUACAAUGGAAUUAAAAUUCCUGUGGAUACCAGCAAACCCAACCCAAAUGAAGUGGAGCUUGACAACUUGUAUCUAGACAUGAAUGGAAUCAUUCACCCGUGCACACAUCCGGAAGACAAGCCAGCACCAAAAAACGAGGAUGAAAUGAUGGUCGCCAUUUUCGAAUACAUCGACAGGUUGUUUAACAUCGUACGACCUAGACGAGUUCUGUACAUGGCAAUCGAUGGUGUGGCUCCUCGUGCCAAAAUGAACCAGCAGCGAUCAAGGCGUUUCCGGGCGUCUAAAGAAGGUGUGGAGCUCGUGGAAGAAAAAGAGAAAAUCCGAGAGGAAGUUAUUCAGAGAGGAGGUUACCUGCCACCUGAUGAGAUAAAAGAGCGUUUUGACAGUAACUGUAUCACUCCAGGCACAGAGUUUAUGGAUAAUUUGGCCAAGUGUUUGAGAUAUUACGUGGCAGACAGACUGACCAAUGACCCUGGAUGGAAUAAUAUCACGGUGUUUUUGUCAGAUGCCAGUGUACCCGGCGAAGGAGAACACAAGAUUAUGGAUUUCAUCAGAAGACAGAGAGCUCAGCCGAACCACGACCCAAACACGCAUCACUGUCUCUGUGGAGCCGAUGCUGAUUUGAUCAUGUUGGGUUUGGCGACCCAUGAGCCCAACUUCACUAUUAUAAGAGAGGAAUUUAAACCCAAUAAACCCAGACCCUGUGCCCUGUGUAACCAGAUGGGCCACGAGAUUAAAGACUGUCAGGGUGUGGCCAGAGAGAAAAAGGGCGAGCAUGAUGAAUUUGCCGACACAAUUCCAGUAUCUGAGCAGGAGUUCAUCUUCAUCCGCCUGUCUGUGUUACGAGAGUAUCUGGAGAGGGAGUUGACAAUGGCCAGCCUUCCAUUCCCCUACGAUUUCGAGCGGAGCGUCGACGACUGGGUGUUCAUGUGCUUCUUUGUAGGGAAUGACUUCCUGCCCCACUUACCAUCUCUUGAGAUCAGAGAGGGCGCCAUCGAUCGACUGGUUGGCAUCUACAAAGACGUUGUGCACAAAACUGGGGGCUACAUAACAGAGAACGGCUUUGUGAACCUGGAGCGAGUUGAGCUCAUUAUGCAGGCCGUGGGGGUGGCGGAGGACAACAUCUUUAAAAAGCGCAAAGACGACGAUGAGGGGUUUAAACGGAGAAUGAAGGAGAAGAAGAAACGGAUGAAAGGCAAUCAGGGUCCAGCGUUUGUUCCCUACGGUCAGUUCGCACCUCAGGCUCUGGGUGGUCGAGGCAGAUCGAUGCCGGUGCAGAACGCCCGACAGUCAGCGUAUGAGAUGAGGAUGCAGGGGAACAGAGACAACCGCAACCAGGAAGCAGCGCAGUCUUUGAGGGCCAUGAUGAAAAAUGGAAAGACCUCUGCCGGACCCAGCGAUGACAUGAACAGUCAUGGUGUGAAGCGAAAAGCUGAGAACAGCGACAGUGAACCGGAACCCGAAGAUAACGUCAGGUUAUGGGAGGAUGGUUGGAAACAGCGUUAUUACAAAACGAAAUUCGACGUGGACGAGACUGACGAUGAGUUUCGGAAGAAAGUGGUGAUGUCGUACGUUGAGGGCCUGUGCUGGGUGCUCAGGUAUUAUUAUCAGGGAUGUGCGUCCUGGAAGUGGUAUUUUCCCUUUCAUUACGCCCCGUUCGCCUCCGACUUCAAAGACAUCAAGGGAAUGUUCUCAGACUUCGAGAAAGACACCAAACCGUUCAAGCCUCUGGAGCAGCUGAUGGGAGUUUUUCCUGCGGCCAGUGGAAACUUCUUGCCGACAACAUGGAGAGCCCUGAUGACAGACCCUGAAUCUUCUAUCAUUGACUUCUACCCCGAUGACUUUGCCAUCGAUCUGAAUGGAAAGAAAUACGCCUGGCAGGGUGUCGCCUUGUUGCCGUUUGUAGAAGAGCGGAGGUUGCGAGCAGCGUUGGAUGAUGUUUAUCCAGAUCUGACUGAUGAAGAAAAUCGGCGGAACAGUUUGGGAAGUGAUGUCGUGUUUGUGGGCAAAUCCCAUCCACUGUGUGAUUUCAUUCGGGAACUGUACCUUGCAGAAUCUCAUGAGGUCACUGAGAUCCCUGCAGAACUUUGCCAUGGAAUCCAAGGUAUAUUAAAUCUAGAUGAAGACCCUAUUCUACCAGAUAAACCGGUGCAGUCGCCCAUACCGAUGUUGAGAGACAACACCAGCAACUCUGCCAUUGGGAUCAAGUUCAAGGAUCCGCAGUACGAAGCGGGUUAUGUCUUCAGGGCUGUUGUGUUGCCAGGUGCAAAGAUCCCAAACAAGGUUUUGAAACCAGGAGACUGGGAACAGAGUAACCGCGGUCCAUGGAGACCUCAACUCGGCUUUAACCCGAACCGCCAGCAAGCCCACCUGGACCAAUCGGGUUUCAGAAAGCUGAAUCACCAUGUGAGCAGAAAUCAAGGCCCUGGUCAGUUUGGAUCCGGUCCACCUCGCGGAGGUCAUCAUGGGGGCGGACAGUACAGCAAUGCCCCGCCCCCCAGAAACUAUCAAGGAAACUACGGUUCAUCACAGAGAGGCAAUUACUCCUCCCAAUAUUCCAGUCAGUCCGGGAUGAGUCAACCACAAAGAGCAGCAAACCCAUCACAAUAUUCCUGGAAUCAGCAGGGUGCUCAUGGAUGGAAUCGGUCCGUGCAGUCUCAGCCCGCUGCGUACCAACAGAACCAACAGAGGGGCCGGGGAGGCUGGAGGCCCCCCCACAAUCAACAGGGCAGCAUGAGAGGUGGACCACAGCAGGGGGGUAAUUCUGGACAGGGUUAUUCAUUACCUCCACCAGCCAGACGUUAUGACUGGAACCCUUAACCUCCUCAGGAGCGCUUUGGAGGAUUUUUUUUAUUAAAGGAACAUUGUCUUUUUUGGGCUCAUGAUUUGUAAAGUUGAUCUUGUUUUACUGACAUUAAUUGUUCUUAUGUACCCAUUUUUAAGAAUAUGCCUGUAAAAUCUACGUAAUACACGAGAUGCAAGACUU